AUUUAUUUAUACUCUCUCCCUCUGUCUUUCCCCUCACUCUUUUCUCUUCCAUCUUUUCGGCAAUGGAGGGAAAGGAAAGGAAUCCUCUCCUCUUUUUCUUCACAAUUUUUGUCUUUUUUCUCCUCUCUCCCACAGCAUCCUCCUCCCCGUUCUCUCUUCAGUACCAGAACCUGCUUCUCAACCCUCUACCUUCCGCACCCACUCUCUCUUGGCCCGACGUCGAAUCCGAUUCCUUAGCCUCCGCCACCAUCGAUACCCAAACGACUACUUCACUUUCCGUACAGUUACACCACGUAGAUGCUCUUUUCUCCAACCACACCCCGCAGCAGCUCUUCAACCUCCGCCUCCACCGUGACUCCCUACGCGUCAAAACUCUAACUUCCGUCGCGAAGGCAGCCGCCCGAGGGAACAACAACCGCAACGUUUCACGCGCGCGUGGUGGCGGGUCGGGCUUCAGUAGCUCCAUCAUAUCUGGGCUCUCCCAGGGCAGCGGCGAGUAUUUCACGCGCCUGGGCGUGGGGACGCCUCCCAGAUAUUUGUACAUGGUUCUUGACACUGGCAGCGACGUCGUUUGGAUCCAGUGUGCUCCUUGCAAGAAAUGCUACGCCCAAACCGACCCGCUAUUCGACCCGACCAAAUCACGGUCCUUCGCCGGGAUUUCCUGUGGGUCCCCCUUGUGUCGUCGGCUCGAUUCUCCUGGCUGCGGUAACCGCCAGAAGUGCCUCUACCAGGUAUCUUAUGGCGAUGGCUCCUUCACGUUCGGAGAGUUCUCCACCGAAACGUUGACGUUUCGCGGCACCCGCGUGGGACGCGUGGCGUUUGGUUGCGGCCACGACAACGAGGGCCUCUUUGUUGGUGCUGCGGGACUUCUAGGUCUUGGUAGGGGGAGGUUGUCGUUCCCCUCGCAAGCCGGUCGCCGGUUCAACCGGAAGUUCUCUUAUUGCUUAGUCGACCGGUCCGCUUCCUCCAAACCGUCUUCUAUGGUUUUUGGCGAUGUGGCUGUCUCGCGAGCCGCUGUAUUCACCCCGCUUUUGAGUAACCCCAAGCUCGAUACUUUUUACUAUCUUGAACUGCUCGGAAUCAGCGUCGGCGGCGCACGAGUCCCCGGCAUAAGUGCUUCCCUGUUCAAACUGGACCAAACUGGGAACGGAGGAGUGAUCAUAGACUCUGGGACGUCUGUGACCCGCCUUACUCGACCCGCUUACGUAGCAAUGAGGGACGUGUUCCGGGUGGGGGCGUCGGACUUAAAGCGAGCACCCGAAUUCUCGUUGUUCGAUACGUGCUUCGAUCUGUCGGGGAAGACGGAGGUGAAGGUGCCGACUGUAGUACUGCAUUUCAGGGGUGCGGACGUGUCACUUCCGGCGACAAAUUAUCUGAUUCCGGUAGACAGCGGAGGCAGGUUUUGCUUUGCUUUCGCCGGCACCAUGAGUGGAUUGUCGAUAAUCGGGAACAUCCAGCAGCAGGGAUUCCGGGUGGUGUACGAUUUAAUGGGUUCCCGGGUCGGAUUUGCUCCUCGUGGGUGCGCGUGAGCGAGUAAUGACCUGUCUUUUUCUUUUUUAAGUUUUGUUAUUAUUAUUAUUUUUAGUUUUGAUUAAGGAAGAAAAAGAAAAAGAAAUCCUGGGAGGAAAUGUUAUUCACGUGUUGUGUUGUAUCAUCUAAAUCUACUGCUUUACAAAGGGUAAUAUAAAUUAAUAUUUUCAGA